AAAAAAUAAGUAUACAUGAAAUCAAAGUUAGGUAACAGUCGUUACAUAUGUACUAACCAAAUUUUGCGAGGUAGGAGACGUAACAAGUUUUCGCGCGUAGAAUAUUGGACGUAUGAAUUAUUGUGUUUAAUGAUUUAAUAAAGAGAACUUUUAAUUAACACAAAAUUACAAUGAAUAUAGUGCAAAAUAUUACGAAACGUUGGGAGGGUUUUGAAUUUGUACGGGAUUAUGACAUAGCACUGUAUCGUUUAAAAUGCCUUCGUAAUGAUUUAUACCAUGGAAUAUCUUCGAAUAUAAAUGCACAGCAUUAUAAUUCAGUACCACCGGUUUUUGCUUGUCGUUUUUGUAUAAAGAAAGGGUACGAGCAAAUUCUUGCCUUAGCAAAUGAAGAUGGAAGAGUUGCUUUACAAGAUAUAAAUAUUAGAAAAAGGCAUGAUACACCAUUAGAAGGAACACAAGCACAUGGUAAUGCAAUAUUUGAUGUUGCAUGGAUGCCUAAUGAUUUAAAGUUAGUAACAGUAUCAGGAGAUCACAGCGCAAAAUUAUGGGAUGUAUCCCAAUCUGAAAUAAAACAAAUCGAUAUCUUCCAGGCUCAUUUGCGUAGUGUAAAAACUGCAGUAUUUCGUCCCGAAGAUAAAGCAAUUUUUGCCACAGGUGCUCGUGAUGGAAUUAUAAUGAUUUGGGAUAUAAGAGCAAGACAUAGUGCUCAACUUAAAGCAGAUAAUUGUAUAUUUAAUGCACAUAGUAGCGUAUCCGUUAGUAAUAAGCAUCGUAAAAAUCGCAAUCACCUAUCUUGUACGCAAAGUAUUACCAGUCUUGGUUUUCAAGAUGAUAAUUCAUUAAUAUCGUGUGCUGCCGGUGAUGGAGUAAUCAAAGUUUGGGAUUUAAGAAAAAACUAUACCGUUUACAAAAGAGAUGCGAUGCCUAAACAUUCAAUGUAUUAUGCAGGAAGUAGCCUAAGAAAUGGAUUUUCCUCAUUGUUAAUAUGUCCAGCUAGAAUUACAUUAUAUGCUAGUUGUAUGGAUAAUGUUAUAUAUGCAUAUAAUAUAUCUUCUUAUAAUACGUAUCCAGUUGCACAAUUUUAUGGACAUCAAAAUAGUACAUAUUAUGUAAAGACUUCUUUAAGUCCUGAUGGAAGAUACCUUACUAGUGGUUCUAGUGAUGAAAUUGCUUAUAUCUGGCAUACUAAGCGAUCUGGUGAGCCUAUAAUUAAACUUAGUGGUCAUACAGAAGAAGUUACUUGUAUUGCAUGGUGCACUGUUGGAGAAACCAAGAUAGUAACUUGUUCGGAUGAUUCGUGUCAUAUGAUAUGGAGAAUUAUAGCUGAAAAUACAACAGAAAAUGCAGAAUUAGAAAUAGUAGGUAGAGCAGAGCCUGUUUCCAGUGCAAUCUCCUUAGGAAAUUUGAAAACGGAGACAACACCGACUACCCACCAGCGGUAUACGUUAACACAAGAUCAUACUCCUGGAUCAUCAGAUAGGACACCAAAUAGUACACCAGGGUCUACUGAAUCAAAUAAUGUAUAUGCGGGACAUAAGCAUAGACAAAGUAAUAGCAGUAGUUUUAAAAGAACUUAUACACAAAUGACACUUAAAGGAUCGUACUCGGACGGAAAAUUGAAAACCAGUUUAUCUCCUAUUCAUGAAAAUUCAGAAACUAGAAUAAAACGCCCACACAUAGAAAAUCGUGGUGCUAGAAGGCUUUUUAGCCAAAGUACUGAUAAAACUACUAUUUGUGAUAAGGGUUACAACUUCGAUAAACCAAGUACAAGUUCAUAUGUACCAAAACUUGAAACAACCAUUUCAGAAAGUAACGUCUCAGAAAGUACCAUUUCAGAAAAUAACGUCUCAGAAAGUACUAGUUCAGAAAAUAACGUCUCAGAAAGUACCAGUUCAUCAAUUUCAUUUUUACCUAUAUCAAAUCUGCCAAAUUUUGUGAUAGAUGGAACAGCGCCUCACCUACUUCAAAUCUCUCCUGAAAAGUACAAGGAAAGAGUCGAUUGGUUAACAAAAAUACGAGAGAAAUUUAAAGACCAAAAAAGUAAAUCAUCCACAAAUAAACUGUCUAGUUCUAAAGUGAUUACACCUGCACAUAGAAGUAGUAGAUCUAGAUCAAUGGAACCAAAAGGAUGCAAAACUUCUGCGUCUCCCACUCCAUCUUUACUCAAUUUCUUUAAAGUUAAUAAUAGAGAAUGUGAUAAAAAUACUUGUCCUGGAAACUCAAAUACUCUUUCUUAGUUAUCUAUGCAAUGAACGUAAUAAUGUAAUGAAACAUCAAUGGUUUAUCUAAAAAACAUCUUUACAAUAGGAUUGAAAAUACAUGGAGAAGAGAGUUGAGCGCGCUUAGUAUUGUUUUUAAUAGUGUACCUUAUAAAACAGUAUUCACCUAAAAUAGAUAAGUAAUUUUAAGGUACUCUUCGUUCCAGUGUAAUUGCCAUUUUUAUCGAUAAUUAUAAGACUAUUUUUUGAUAAGAAUUCAUUAUUAAUAACGAAAAAAAAACUGUAUA